ACGUCACAUUACGUCAUCACGCCUGCACUAGGAAUUGCAAGAUGGCGGAGAGUGCGGAAUUGAAGCAAAUGGUGAUGAGCCUGCGCGUGUCAGAGCUGCAGGUUCUGCUGGGUUACGCGGGCCGCAACAAACACGGGCGAAAACAUGAGCUCUUAACCAUGGCCUUGCAUCUCCUGAAAGCCGGCUGCAGCCCCGCCGUGCAGAUGAAAAUCAAGGAACUGUACUGCAGACGCUUCCCCACCAAGAUGGGCUCUCCCUCAGAGCUGGUCCUGCCCGGACCACACUACCCUGCCUCGGGAGGUGUGGCCGGAGGAGGGGGCACCGCUGCCCUGCCUGCCGGCCUCAGCCAGCUGGCGUAUGAGGGGCAUGGGCAUGGGGGAGUACCCUCGCCGGCCGCCCUGCUGCCCAUCUCAUUGCUGGGGCCUGGCAAGCACGAGCUCAGCGGGCUGGCGCACCACCUGCCCACCUCGGCCACCCUGCAUCCGGUGCACCCAGACGUCAAGCUGCAGAGGCUGCCCUUCUACGAUAUGCUGGACGAGCUCAUCAAGCCCACCAGUCUAGCGUCGGACAACAGCCAGCGGUUUCAGGAAACGUGUUUUGCGUUCGCACUAACGCCGCAGCAAGUCCAACAGAUUAGCAGCUCAAUGGACAUCUCGGGGACCAAAUGUGACUUCACAGUACAAGUUCAGUUACGGUUUUGUCUCUCUGAGACGAGUUGUCCUCAGGAAGACCACUUUCCGCCCAAUCUGUGUGUGAAGGUGAACGGGAAGCCAUGCAACCUCCCGGGCUAUCUUCCUCCAACGAAAAAUGGUGUGGAGCCGAAGCGCCCCAGCCGGCCCAUCAACAUUACCUCAGUGGUCAGACUAUCCACCACAGUCCCCAACACCAUCGUGGUGUCUUGGACCUCAGAGGUUGGAAGGCACCUUCUGUGUUUUCAGAGCUACUCUCUGGCGGUUUACCUGGUCAAGCAGCAGUCGUCCACAGUACUGUUGCAGAGACUACGGUCCAAAGGCAUCAGGAACCCAGACCAUUCCAGAGCACUCAUCAAAGAGAAGCUAACGGCAGAUCCAGACAGUGAAAUCGCCACCACCAGCCUGCGUGUGUCGCUGCUCUGUCCGCUGGGGAAGAUGCGGCUGAUGAUCCCAUGCCGGGCGCUGACGUGUUCCCACCUGCAGUGUUUUGACGCUACGCUGUACAUCCAGAUGAAUGAGAAGAAACCCACCUGGGUUUGUCCCGUCUGUGAUAAGAAAGCCCCCUACGAACAUCUCAUCAUUGACGGGUUGUUUAUGGAGAUCCUGAACAGCUGUGUAGACUGUGAUGAGAUCCAGUUUAAGGAGGAUGGCUACUGGGCCCCCAUGAGGACAAAGAAGGAAGUACAGGAGGUCUCGUCAGCCUCCUACAGCAACGGACUGGAAGGCUUGCAUCGGUCGGCGGUAGGGGAGCAGAGGAGCUCGUCGUCCCACAACGGGGGCAGCAGUAGGAUGAAGGUGGAGGUGAUCGACCUAACCCUGGACAGCUCCUCAGAGGACGACGAUGAUGACCAACCGCCCCUCAAGAGGGCCUGCCCCUCCCUGUCCCCCACCUCGCCUCCCAUCGUCAACAAGGGAGUGUUGAACCUGCACCACCAGGUGUCCCCAGUGAGCCGGACCCCCAGCAUGCCGUCUGUGGACACCAGCUACAUCCCCCCUGUACCUCCCCUCAUCCAGGACUACCGUCCAUACUACCACGCCCCAAACCAGCUCACAGAUCUGAAUUUCUUCUCCUUUCUACAAGGGGACAAUCAUCAGCAUUACAACAUGGUGAUGGCCGCCGCCGCUGCUGCCUCCGCGUCAGACGACCACGAGCUCCUUCUCAACCACUUCCGUCCCUACACCACCUCCUCGUCCUCCUCCCAGCUGUUCCUGGACCAAUCUGGGGCGCCCUCCUCUGGCUCGCUGGCGCCCGUCAACGGUGGGGAUGGUGGAGGAAACAGCAGCGGUGGCAGCAACAGUAGCCUAGUAUCCUCUAGCAGUCUGAGAGACACUCACAGCACACACUCCACACACUCACACACACACCCCACGCACUCACACACACACCCCACGCACUCACACACACACCCCGGCGUAGGAGGUCGGUCCAGUGCUGAUGUGGCGGCGGCCGCAGCCCUCUACGGAGCCAUCCCCGACGUGAUCUCACUAGACUGACGAUUUUGUUUUGGGCGACUAGCGACUGACUCCGAAACAGAGGGUUUGUUGGUUGUUUAAUGGAGGAUGCCGUCGUGACUAAACUGACCCAGAAACAGUUUAACGGUCCCACCCAGUCUACAGCUCUGGUUUUGAGUUGUGUCGUUAAGGCUGACUCCAGAACAGUGGAAUACCUGUCUGUGGCGGAGCCGGUCCCGAGGUGACGUUUGACUGGUCACACCCCACAGAUGGAUGGGAUUGGCACCUAGUGUUGCUAGACUGACUCCAGAACAGUUAUCGGUUGGUAGCUGGCUCCCUGACAUCAUUCCACUAGACUGAUUCCAGAACAGUGAGAUAUCAGAAAGGUCUCUGGGUUUCAUCUCUGAAGUCGACGGACUAGACUGGACCUAGAUCAGCUCCCUGCUGGUACCUACCAGAAACGCUAGCCGUGCAAAAAACGGAGGAAGGCUCUUUUUUUUGUACGAAAAGAGCAACGCUGUGUACAGAGAACAAAAAGUAUAUUUUCUCUUUUUACUUUUGUAUAUUAAUUAAUUGAAGACUUUUUCUGUCCCGUAAGUAACUUCAGUUGCUGUUUUGAAGUGGAGACUGAAGAUGUAUCCACACAGCUAUACAUAUGUUGCCCUGCGAUAAUCUGAACUUGAAUAUCUCAUUACUUUUCUUUGGUUUUUAUCCUGUUCGAUCUGAUGGGGAUUCUCCUCACACAUCCAUGGCAUUACCUCUUGACAUUUUCAACUUAUCAAUCUCUCUCUACUCUUCAUUUUCAAAUCACAGUUGAAUUUCUUCUCCAAGACAAUAUCUUUUCCCUGGUUGACUUGUUUGUUACUGUAUAAUUUGUUUUGUGUUAUGCAUUCUAAGUUAUAUGUAAGAUAUGUGAAUAAGUCUCUCUGGAUAAUUGGGUCUGCUAAAUGACGUAAAUAUGAAUUCCCUAAGGACUUCAGGUUGAUGCUGUGAGGAGUGCAUAGCUAGGUGGGUAAUAUUAGACAUUUCUGCUUUUCGUCUCUGUAAAGGGCUAGUGCAGUCACAAUUCUGUUUUCCGGUGUUUUUAUCAUAGUGCACAACAGCUGAUGAAACUAACACUGUAAAAGUGUGAAAACAAUGUAAAUCAGUUUUAUUUCCUGAUAGUUGCUGGUUGAAAAUAAUCUACACAGAACCUUCUAAUCAGCAGGUUUACAUGGUAACAUCACCAUGUGGUAAAUUGGUUACUAGACCAAUAGCAAAGAGACUUCCAAACCUCUGCCAAUAACAGCUAGUUUUCAGUUUCCCCCCUUCCCACUCCCAGACCAGUCCCAGACCAGUCCCAGACCAGUCCCAGACCAGUCCCAGACCAGUCUCAGACAGUCCUGGCAAAAUUAUUGCUUUAGAAUGUUUUUUUCCCCUAAAAAGCAAAUUCUGCCCAUUUUAAUGGAAAUCUAUUACAGUAAGGUACUUCAUGUUACCCAGAAAUGAUUUGAUAUUGAUAUAAAAACGGCUGCAUUGGGCCUUUCAUUUCUCCCCCCCUUCAAUAGACCAUCUGUGCAGUAAUUAUGCCCAGUAUUUCAAUUUGACAACAUUUUAGCAGAAAAUGUGUUCACAUUUGUAUGGUUAUGAAAACUAUGGUAGACACAGAAUGCCUAUUUAACUUGAGAAAUACUCUACAGUCAUUUUAUGCUUUUAUUUGAAACUUCGUUAUAUUCUGUUUUUGCUUUGGUUUUGCUUAUUCAACCACUUUUGUCACCUUUUGCACAAUACCAAAAAUGAAGUCAACCCACACAGAGUGCAUGUGUAUCUGGGCGCUACAUUGCUUUCAGUCUAGUAUCCUCCACCUAUCACACGCUCUUCCUCUCUGUUUUCACCUGGUUGUUUGUGAGACACUGCAGCUAAACUCAUAGCAGAGAGGAGUACCCCGUAGAGGCGGAGGGGAGUACCCCGUAGAGGCGGAGGGGAGUACCCCGUAGAGGCGGAGAGGAGUACCCCGUAGAGGCGGAGGGGAGUACCCCGUAGAGACAGGGAGGAGUACCCCGUAGAGACAGGGAGGAGUACCCCGUAGAGACAGAGAGGAGUACCCCGUAGAGGCGGAGGGGAGUACCCCGUAGAGACAGAGAGGAGUACCCCGUAGAGGCGGAGAGGAGUACCCCGUAGAGGCGGAGGGGAGUACCCCGUAGAGGCGGAGGGGAGUACCCCGUAGAGACAGAGAGGAGUACCCCGUAGAGGCGGAGGGGAGUACCCCGUAGAGGCGGAGAGGAGUACCCCGUAGAGGCGGAGGGGAGUACCCCGUAGAGACAGGGAGGAGUACCCCGUAGAGGCGGAGAGGAGUACCCCGUAGAGGCGGAGGGGAGUACCCCGUAGAGGCGGAGGGGAGUACCCCGUAGAGGCGGAGGGGAGUACCCCGUAGAGACAGGGAGGAGUACCCCGUAGAGGCGGAGGGGAGUACCCCGUAGAGACAGGGAGGAGUACCCCGUAGAGGCGGAGGGGAGUACCCCGUAGAGACAGGGAGGAGUACCCCGUAGAGGCGGAGGGGAGUACCCCGUAGAGGCGGAGGGGAGUACCCCGUAGAGGCGGAGGGGAGUACCCCGUAGAGGCGGAGAGGAGUACCCCGUAGAGACGGAGAGGAGUACCCCGUAGAGGCGGAGGGGAGUACCCCGUAGAGACAGAGACAGACGUAUCUACUGUGUUAUAAAUGCUAUGGGGAUAUUGCUAAUAUGAGAGGCAGUUUCCAUCCAACUCAACUUUGACCAAGUACAUUGACUCAGUCAGAAUGUGACCUGGUGAAAUGGUGCUUUGAGUGAUAGAUAAUAUAGAGACAGAAUACAGACAGAGGAAUUUACACAGUGAACGUGUAACUAUAAUAGAAUGAGUGAAUUACCAGUCAGGAUAUAAAGGUAUAGGACCAGGCUCAGGCUAAACAGUCACUGCUGGUUAAAUAUACAGGAGACUCUCGUCAUUGGAACUCAACAACUGCCAUGUAAGCUCUUUCAGAAGACAUUAAAGAAUGUGUCAGGAUCCAAACAAUGACAGCAAUGUUUGUCACUUUUUCCUGCUGAAUCAGUUUUCCGCCAACAUAGACGAUAUGAAAAUAAAAUACAGGGUUUGUUCAGGCUACUGUACUGACUUUUAAAACUUUCCAAAAUCCCUGCUUUAGUGAUAGUCACAAUCAUCACAGUCACCUACAGUCACAAUCAUCACAGUCACCUACAGUCACAAUCAUCACAGUCACAAUCAUCACAGUCACCUACAGUCACAAUCAUCACAGUCACCUACAGUCACAAUCAUCACAGUCACAAUCAUCACAGUCACCUACAGUCACAAUCAUCACAGUCACCUACAGUCACAAUCAUCACAGUCACAAUCAUCACAGUCACCUACAGUCACAAUCAUCACAAUCACCUACAGUCACAAUCAUCACAGUCACCUACAGUCACAAUCAUCACAGUCACCUACAGUCACAAUCAUCACAGUCACCUACAGUCACAAUCAUCACAGUCACCUACAGUCAAAAACAGAUGCUUUUUUUCUUUGUUCCCAGAGAGGGAGAGAGGGAGGGAGGGAGAGACUAUGUUGAAGUCAUUGACAUUACCUUGUCCGUCAACCUUUUCUGUCUGUCCGUAGCCCAUUCCACCAUUCUGCUGAGUGUCUUUUCUGUCUGUCCGUAGCCCAUUCCACCAUUCUGCUGAGUGUCUUUUCUGUCUGUCCGUAGCCCAUUCCACCAUUCUGCUGAGUGUCUUUUCUGUCUGUCCGUAGCCCAUUCCACCAUUCUGCUGAGUGUCUUUUCUGUCUGUCCGUAGCCCAUUCCACCAUUCUGCUGAGUGUCUUUUCUGUCUGUCCGUAGCCCAUUCCACCAUUCUGCUGAGUGUCUUUUCUGUCUGUCCGUAGCCCAUUCCACCAUUCUGCUGAGUGUCUUUUCUGUCUGUCCGUAGCCCAUUCCACCAUUCUGCUGAGUGUCUUUUCUGUCUGUCCGUAGCCCAUUCCACCAUUCUGCUGAGUGUCUUUUCUGUCUGUCCGUAGCCCAUUCCACCAUUCUGCGGAGUGUCUUUUCUGUCUGUCCGUAGCCCAUUCCACCAUUCUGCGGAGUGUCUUUUCUGUCUGUCCGUAACCCAUUCCACCAUUCUGCUGAGUGUCUUUUCUGUCUGUCCGUAGCCCAUUCCACCAUUCUGCUGAGUGUCUUUUCUGUUUGUCCGUAGCCCAUUCCACCAUUCUGCGGAGUGUCUUUUCUGUCUGUCCGUAGCCCAUUCCACCAUUCUGCUGAGUGUCUUUUCUGUCUGUCCGUAGCCCAUUCCACCAUUCUGCUGAGUGUCUUUUCUGUCUGUCCGUAGCCCAUUCCACCAUUCUGCUGAGUGUCUUUUCUGUCUGUCCGUAGCCCAUUCCACCAUUCUGCUGAGUGUCUUUUCUGUCUGUCCGUAGCCCAUUCCACCAUUCUGCUGAGUGUCUUUUCUGUCUGUCCGUAGCCCAUUCCACCAUUCUGCUGAGUGUCUUUUCUGUCUGUCCGUAGCCCAUUCCACCAUUCUGCUGAGUGUCUUUUCUGUCUGUCCGUAGCCCAUUCCACCAUUCUGCUGAGUGUCUUUUCUGUCUGUCCGUAGCCCAUUCCACCAUUCUGCGGAGUGUCUUUUCUGUCUGUCCGUAGCCCAUUCCACCAUUCUGCUGAGUGUCUUUUCUGUCUGUCCGUAGCCCAUUCCACCAUUCUGCGGAGUGUCUUUUCUGUCUGUCCGUAGCCCAUUCCACCAUUCUGCUGAGUGUCUUUUCUGUCUGUCCGUAGCCCAUUCCACCAUUCUGCGGAGUGUCUUUUCUGUCUGUCCGUAGCCCAUUCCACCAUUCUGCGGAGUGUCUUUUCUGUCUGUCCGUAGCCCAUUCCACCAUUCUGCUGAGUGUCUUUUCUGUCUGUCCGUAGCCCAUUCCACCAUUCUGCUGAGUGUCUUUUCUGUCUGUCCGUAGCCCAUUCCACCAUUCUGCUGAGUGUCUUUUCUGUCUGUCCGUAGCCCAUUCCACCAUUCUGCUGAGUGUCUUUUCUGUCUGUCCGUAGCCCAUUCCACCAUUCUGCUGAGUGUCUUUUCUGUCUGUCCGUAGCCCAUUCCACCAUUCUGCUGAGUGUCUUUUCUGUCUGUCCGUAGCCCAUUCCACCAUUCUGCUGAGUGUCUUUUCUGUCUGUCCGUAGCCCAUUCCACCAUUCUGCUGAGUGUCUUUUCUGUCUGUCCGUAGCCCAUUCCACCAUUCUGCUGAGUGUCUUUUCUGUCUGUCCGUAGCCCAUUCCACCAUUCUGCUGAGUGUCUUUUCUGUCUGUCCGUAGCCCAUUCCACCAUUCUGCUGAGUGUCUUUUCUGUCUGUCCGUAGCCCAUUCCACCAUUCUGCUGAGUGUCUUUUCUGUCUGUCCGUAGCCCAUUCCACCAUUCUGCUGAGUGUCUUUUCUGUCUGUCCGUAGCCCAUUCCACCAUUCUGCGGAGUGUCUUUUCUGUCUGUCCGUAGCCCAUUCCACCAUUCUGCGGAGUGUCUUUUCUGUCUGUCCGUAGCCCAUUCCACCAUUCUGCUGAGUGUCUUUUCUGUCUGUCCGUAGCCCAUUCCACCAUUCUGCGGAGUGUCUUUUCUGUCUGUCCGUAGCCCAUUCCACCAUUCUGCUGAGUGUCUUUUCUGUCUGUCCGUAGCCCAUUCCACCAUUCUGCGGAGUGUCUUUGUAGUCAGGCUUUUCUGCAGUGUCAUUCUCUCAAGGUGUUUGUGCUUCAGUCCUCUUCUCUUCCACAGCUCUUCACUUCAAGCCUAAUUAGCUUUCCCCUCUUGAGGUAGAUAAUCGCUUGCGACAGCUUCCCCAAUCACUCUCCAUCUAGUAUCCUGAACCAGAGCAAAUAACAGGUCAACUUUGCAGCCAUGGAGACCUUCCUGUCUUGUCACCACCCCCCUUCUCUCCUACUCUUAACUGAUUGGCUCUUUGAUAGCAUCAGACGUGUUUUAAAAAUGUCCUCUCUGUAUAAACAAUGUUGUGCAGUAUUUUAUUUAUUUUGUCAUCUAUAUAUAUAUAUAUAUCGGAUCUAUUUUUACACCUGUUUGAUUUUCAUGGAUGUGUGUGUGUGUGUGAGGACAGAGUUUGGGAAGCGCUGGUUUAGGGUAGACCAACAAAGUGAGACUAAGAUUUGGGGUUAGAGGUUAGGAGUUGACCCAAUCACAAAUGUCUUUAUUUAUUUGGAUGAUUGAUUUAUUUUUGUUUCAGAUCUGUUAUUGAUGUCAUUGCUCUAGAUCUCUGUGAUCUCUUUUGUCGGUUUUUAAGACAAAGUGAGAGCAGACGUCGUAGAAUGUGUUCCCAUUUAAAAUGCUAUGUGUAACCUAACAUGGGCAUGGAAUGGCCUUAUUGUGAAGUCCUCUCCCACUCUCCCCCCAUUGGUAAUAUUAUGAUGUCCGUAUCACCACCCCCCAAUCCCAUGUGUUUCAACAGUGUCAGUUCCUCCAGUGUUAGUUUGGGUUUUUGCGUCAUCCAAAAACAUGAGAUGAAAUUAAUUUAUAUAUUUUUAGAUAGAAAAACCUGUACAAUAAAGUGGACUUUAACCUAAAAAGGGUCCAAUUUACUAAAUUCAUUUCAAGAGCGGAUAAGUUGACAGCUGCACCCACUGCCUUAACCCCCAGAUUCUGCUUUCAUAUUUCCAAACAGAGAAUUAAACGGCUUUUCAAGGAAGAUGAAACGUUGUACAGUAGACCAAUGUGUUGUAGAAAGUACUAGGUGAAAACAGAAUAUUUAUUACUUGCGUUGGAAGAAAUUGUUUACUUAUUGAAUGUUGUCUGUCUAAUGUAUAGCAGUUUAGAUGUAAUAAAAGGCAUUUUGUUAA